AUGGACACACAAGGCGUGACUAUCGGCAUGGCGGGAUUUGCCGAUGAUGCUGGUCAGUUUUACAGCCACACACCGGCUUGUAAUCAUAGGUCCGCCAUCGCCGUCGACAUCCUCAAGACAAGGUAUAACCUCUUCAAGUUGGUCUCUCUGUUGGGCGUGCGAUCGGGGCCCGAAGAGAUAUUGGUCCUGGAGAAAGAGAGGAACGGAUACGAGCGCGCGACUCUCUAUUCAGCAAUGGCCCAACGUGUAACUCUCCGCAAGCGCCAACCCUAUAACACCACAUCCAACCGCCGACGUGUUGUGAAGACCCCAGGUGGCAAGCUUGUUUACCACCACCUCAAAAAGCUAGGCUCGGCACCCAAGUGCGGGGAUUGUGGCGUCGCCCUCCCUGGAGUCCCUGCCCUCCGCCCUCGUCAGUAUGCCACGAUCUCGAAGCGCCAAAAGACUGUGACGCGUGCGUAUGGUGGUUCAAGAUGCGGUGACUGCGUGAAGUCACGAAUUCUGCGGGCAUUCCUCGUUGAGGAGGCUAAGAUUGUGAAGAAGGUUAUUAAGUCCCAGGCAAAGACGGCCCGCAAGUAG